AUGUGCAAGACAUGUCCCAAAGACGAUUCUGCCACGACGGCGCAACGCACGGCCUUUUGGAAAAAGGCGAUUGAACUGAGCGACCAGACCAAUUUGCAGAUUGAAGAUGGCGCUCACUGCUGGGUGUGUUUGGAUGGGGACGACUUGAUGGAAGGCGACGACUCGUCUAACACUUCGACACCCAGCCAAUUGAUUCGUGGCUGUGCGUGCCGCGGUACCGGCGGCUACGCGCAUCCGGAAUGCGUGGCCAAUUGGGCAUACAAAGAAGACGAAAAGCACUACACGGGCACCGCCAUGAAUUCCUUCAACUACUGGAGUACCUGCCCCACAUGCCGCGAAUCGUACACGGGCACCAUGGCCCUGCGCAUUUCGGAAAUUCUCUGGCGUCAAAUCCAACAUUCCAAACAUCCUCUUAGUAGUGUCCGCUAUUUGGACGCACUCGCCAAUCACGCCAAGGCGGUGCUCUGCAAUGGUGAUGCCGAGUUGGCACAAGAACUCUAUGCUCACUUGAUUGAUUUGACCCGUCAACACGGCGUCCGAUUGCACAAUUCGGACAAUUUGACCAAAAUGGCCAUUUGCAAACAAUUUUUGGGAGAAUUCGAUGCCGUGCCGCCUCUAUUAGAUGAAGCCAUGCAGAUUAUUGUGGAAGAACGCGGCACGGAUUCGUCCGAAGCCAUGUUUAUUCGGUACUCGUACAUUCAGUACUUUUAUAAUAUUGGACAAAUCCAACGGGCCAUUCCACUCAUUGACAAGGUCGAAGCCAAAAAGGACGUGUUCCUCAAACCGGACGAUCCACGAUCCAUUCGCAUUACCAAUACAUUGGCCAUGGUCCAGUGCGAGCUGGGAGAUGACGACAAGGCACAACGGUACGGCAAGGACUCGUACGAACGAUCCAAGCGUGUGUUGGGAGAACAUCAUCCCGAGACGUUGCGAUACCGAGGAUAUCUCGAUAGUAUCGAACGAAUGGUUCGUCAACGACGUACCAAGCGACAACGGUGUUAA